AUGAGCUGGCAAAAUUCAACAAGUCGUGUCCCGUCUGACGUUUACCUUCAGAUCAUAAAUGAGCCAGAGUACUGGCUGACUUUAGCUGUGGUUGGUUUCGCCUUGUCAGCUGUGACUGUGGUUGCAAAUUCUAUAUUGCUAGCAACCAUUUGGCACGAUCCUUUGAGGUCGCUUCGAACUCCGCCAUGUCUGUUGAUCGCGAAUUUGAGCUUGGCAGAUUUGCUUGUGGGGUUGUGUGUAAUCCCUAUGGUGACGUUAAGGGAUGUGUAUCGAUCUUUUCUACAAAUGUUACCAUUGCCGUCAAUUGUGGGAACUAUAACAUCAUGCAUUCUGAGCGCAACACUCUUUGUCAGUAGCGCUACCAUCGUUGCGAUGUCAGCAGCUUGCUUUUACGCCAUCGACAAUCCCAUUCGAUACAAGACAAACAUGACAAAGAAGAGAAUUUACUGGUUGAUAGUCAUGGUAUGGAUAGCAUCAGUUCUUAUCUGCUGCCUUCCGGUGACGACUAUUCCUGAAAAUACGUUCAUGCUCAUAUAUAUGCACACUCACAUAUCUCUGCCGGCCUUGCUUCUCAUGAUUAUCUACAUAAAAGGUUUUCGUUCCCUUUCGCAACGACGCCGAGAACUUCUCCAAAGUACGAACGCGUCGGUCAGAAACCACAAGCUCGCUUUGGAACGUAAACGAAACAUGGCUGUGAUAGUGACGACAAUCCUAAUGAUGUUCUACAUCAGUUACCUCCCACGAUUUAUAAUUUUUCAUCUGGAGAACUUUUGCAGCCCUUGCCAAAUCAACGAAGAUUCAAUAAGGUUUCAUAAAACCGACGUGAUUACUUCGCGCUUUAUAUUCUUCAAUUCGGCUAUAAAUCCAUUUGUUUACGCUUGGAGAAUGCCGAAAUACCGCCGAUCUCUGGUAAGCUGCUGGAAAGCUCUCCAAAGUAAACUAAAGUCAACUUUGAAGCGUCAAUGACAAUUAAUGGAGUCUAAACUUUUUUUAAGCUUCGUUCAAUUUGAAGGGAAAAAUGAUAAAAAACUAGAAAGCAGCGAACUUUUGUUCAUGAACUGACAGUAAACCUAGAGGAAUUAAUUCCUUUAGAAUUAUGAGAAGAGUUUUUUGAAUUAAUUACUCCAACCGGCGGACAAAGUUCAUUUGAGGCUCCAAGAGAAGUUUGAAAACCGCUUUUUUUGUGUGCGAAUCAUGUUAGGAGUGUUUUCUAGAAAGCUAGGGUUAAAUGUGGUUAAGAUGUGAAGGAAAUACCUCGGAAGAACUGCCAUUCGGAGGACAUAACCGAAAAGUUCAGUAAACAGCGGAAACCAGAACAGCAGCAGCCAAAACAACAGCCUCGUUAAUUUCAAUUAUGAACGAUAAAACAAUGAAUUGAGGUCUACUGGUUUUUUAAUUAGCAUGUAAUGACCUCUAUACAACGCUCCCUAUGAAUAACAAGUUAGUAAGCAUGUUCAAGCCUUAUCACUUUCAGCCAAACAGGUUUGUUUAUCCAACAUAUUAUCAGCGACUGAUAACAUGUAGGUUGCCAAAACAAGAGAAAAAAGAAACAUUUAGGAAUUAAGAAAUAUUGUUAUGUUGCGUUUCAUUGAGGUUACGUGAUUUUACGCAAUAAAAUGAAUGCAUUUUUUACCUCCGGAACUCCAUUCAGUUGAGAAGCACGAACUCGUUUUUCAUAGUUGUACGUGACCAAGCCUACAGUCUGCCCAUGAAAAAACAUUUUUAAAACGCUUAUCAGUUUUUCGCUUUAUCGAGACACAAUAACUUUUGUUCCGUGAAUCAAGCGAAAAUGGGACGAACAUGGUUUUAAAUGUUAUUUUUUCCACCAUGCAAGGGGCACUGAGUCAGCGUACGAUCGUCUCCUUCAUAAUUUAAGUGGAAUUAGCAAACGAAGUGCAAUAUCAAUUCCUUUUCAAAUCCUUUCGGUGUACAUUGGAAAUACCUUGCUGUCAUUUUACAAUGUAUACGGAGUUUAAGUUAAGUAGAAUUUACGGACAAGACCGGGCCGACGAUGUUCCACGUCAUAUCCAUCCUUUAGUAGGCAGAGGAAAUACUCUCGUCUUAGAGUCAUUUUAUGUAAACAGUAUAUCAACUAAUAAAGGUCAAUGAUAUUCCUCGUCAUAUCCAUCUGUUUUACGCAACCUUAAGCCUUAGUUACCCUCCUUUAGCCAUAAGUAAAGUCAAAUGAAAUGUUUGGUUUUUUCUGUUACCAUAUAACUAAAGUAGUAUUAACGAACAAAGAUCAAUGGUAUCAUUUCCGUGUCAUGUCCAUCCGUUGUUACACAACUCUAAGCCUCAGUCACCUUUAUUUAGUCAUAUAAGCAAAGUCAAAUUGACAAACAAAGGUUCUUUUCUUCCCAAGGGUGAAAAAAAGAGUUAGAAGAACUCUUUUCUGACGUUACAUUUAAUGCUGAAUGAGAGACGAAUGAGAGAAAUUACAAACUACCCUAAGGUUAUUCGUGACUUAAAGCGGAAAUCAUGGUCAGGUUUCUACGAUCAAUUUAUCUCUCAGGAACUUUGCAUGACGAGUUUGUUGCUGAGAUGGCGAAUUAAAGACGAUAUUGCAUUCGCUCAGUAAUGGCCAAGUUGAACUGUAGUCAACAAGAAAAGUUUAAAGUAAGCAGCGUGCUACAACCACCGUACUGAGGGAACUGGUUAAGACCAAGCUACCCAAUUGAAAGGAGAACAGCUGUCGUUCUGCUCGAGCCACUAUGAUCACCCAAAAUGCUUCAGAUCCGAGCCAUGACUUUUAUUUGUCGAUAAUCGAUGAUCCAAUUUACUGGUUGACUUUAACUAUAGUAGGAUACAUUUUUGCUACCGCCAUCAUCUUUACGAAUGCCUUUCUGUUGUUCACAAUUUACCAAGAUCCGCGCAAGUCCCUACGCUCGCCUUCUUCACUUCUGAUCGCAAAUUUAAGCGUGUCAGAUUUACUGCUGGGGUUUGGUGUUCUUCUGAUAGCUGUGCGAGACACCUAUCGGUAUAAACAACUCCAUAUGCCUUUUAUUGGUAUCAUAAAGGCUGUUAUAUACAUUAUUCACAUUACUACUGUCUUCAUUGGCGGAUAUUCUAUAAUAGCAAUGUCAAUCGCUUGUUAUAUCGCAAUCAGCAGGCCGCUGGAAUAUAAAUCCAUCAUAACAGCGAAGCGAAUCAAGAUAUUUAUCGUUGUGGUAUGGGUGAUAUCGUUAUCAACGUGCGUUUUUCCAGUAACGAGUGUUCCCCAAAAUAUUUACGAGCUCAUUUACGCUCACACUCACGCCUCACUACCUGCCGUGUUACUAGCGUUGAUUUAUGUGAGCGUGUUUCGUGCUCUCGCGAGACGAUCGCGCGAUCUUCAACUGAGUGGAAGUAAAUCAAUCUCGGACAACAAACACGUGUUGGAGCGACAGCGGAAGAUGACUUUGACCGUCAUUAUAAUUCUGGGAUUAUUUUUCAUGACCUACAUGCCUCAGUACAUAACGGUACAUCUGCUUCACUUCUGCAAGUCUUGUCAAGAAUCGAUAAAUUUUCACAAAGUUGAUGUGGCAGCCUCGAGGCUUUUGUGUCUAAGUUCAGCUAUGAAUCCCUUUGUCUACGCCUGGAGGGUUCCAAAGUAUCGCUCUGCUUUCUUUGAAUGUUUGAAGAUUAUCCGAAAGAGACUCAAACUUUCUUCUCGAAUGAACGCUUGAGUGGAAGCUGAUAAGGAACACACAGGGCUAGAAACAUCCUCGAAAGCCCGAAGAAUUUAAUCCGGAAAAUUGGCAAACUAAAGGAAGUCAACCAAACCAGAGCUUGACAUCAAUAUCUACAAUGUUAUAAUUAUUAUGACAAUAAUUCCAAUUGAGAGCCACUCGUCGACCAUGAUAAGUCUUAAAAGCGUCAAACUUUAUGAAGGCGAAGGUUGAAAUUAAUUUAUUAUUUAAGAGGUAACCAAAAAAAUUGUUAUUUAUGGCGUAAUUUUUUAUUUAUUCGCAAAAGACGAAAAUACCUUUAGUGAAAAACUGAGUGAGCUUGUUUUUGAAUAUUGACGGCGUGGGAUGUCAAUAUCUUGGCACUAAAGUAGAUAACCACAUCUGUCAUAGAAUAAAGACAAAAGUGACAUGGAAACAAUAUAGUAUUGAUCUGUUUUGUCACGGUUGCUGACUCUACGAAGUUCAGCCUAAAUUUUUAAGUUCGUAAUUUGAAAUUCAAGUCAGUUUUUCUUCACCCUUAGCACCGAGUUCAUUUUUGGUCCUCAGUUCGUCGUCGGUGCUUUUGUUUCUGGCAAAAAAAAUUUGUCAAUUUUCUUUUUUUUUUAAUAACUUUUGGCAGAAGUUCAAACCCUUACGCAAGCCGAAUACUUAACAUUUUUUUAAAACGCAUGUUACUUUGGUUACAGUUCGAUUGAAUCCUUGUUACUCCAGCCGAAUACUCAACAUUUUUCUUUAAUGAUUAGUGGUUUCUCUCAAGUGGAGGGUAAAUUUCCACAUCACAAGGAAAAAAGAUGCAAUAGUGUCACUCUUUUUCUAGUAGAGUGUAAAAUUCCUUUUUAAAACAGAAAGAAAAAAAUCUCAUUCAUGUCAUUUUUGCGCUUAGUUUUCCUUGAUGCACAAUUGAUGUAUAAAUGUGAAACUCAACUCUAUGACUGUAAAUAUUUUUUCUUAGGAUUUUUCAAAUCACGUAAAAAUUUCCUCCAAUAUGUUUCAUAAAAGUCAACGGGAUAUCUUUAUAAAUUGAAGCCAUUGUCUCCGAAAAAUUAAUUGUACAUGAAAAGAGCAUUUAAUGUUUUUCUGAAUAAAUAAAUAAUAUAUUGAUGGGGAGCCUUUAAGGCCAAUUCAAAUUUUUAUGAAUUACGCCGCUACUUAACAACUUCCUUUAACCAGACAUUUUUAUUUGCUCGUGAAACCGGGAAGAUGGAUGAAUAAUUACAAUAUAAUGACACAUUAAUGAGCGGCUACGGAAGGGCUUGCUACGGCAUUGAAGCAAGGGCAGACGAAUCAAAUCCGGUGGUGUGUGGGCGCUGUUAUCACGCAAAAACCUCAAAGGAUAUAGAUCGUCCUGGAAAGGAAUUAGGAUGGUUCCUUGUCUCGAUGGGAUUACGACUAUCGGGUUAACCGAUAGUCGCAAAACGGCCAAAACAUUGUAGCCUUUAGGCGUAAGAAUUGAUAAAUUUUAAUCGAUAGUCGUAGAAAAUGUUAACCGUAAAAAAGAUUUGUAGUGACAACGAUGGAAUGAUGGUAACCGUUAGCCGUAAAAUGGCGAAAAUUUUAACCGUUAGCCGUAAGAGCCACCACCUAUUGAGACCCUCUUUCCCUGAGAAAGCCUCGGCACCCCCGCCCCUCCCCCAUCCCCCCCUCCCACCGCACUUUCCGUACUCUUUCGUUAAAUUUUCAUUCCUAAUCACAGCAACAGCUUACAGCAAAGAUGUAGAAAUAAUUGCAACACAAAAUGAUAACAAAAAUAUCGGUCUUACACACAAUCAUACAUCGCUACCAUUUCCAUGCAUGAAAUUGAGACGGAAAUCGGGGCCAAUACGAUUCUCUUGUUAUUCCCUCUGACCCUUUCAUGAUAUAAGCGCCUGUAGCGCGUGUUCAAAACGAAACAUCUCGAACUUUUUUUGAUUUCUGGACGACAAAUGUGGGUGUUGAUGAUGUUUGUCCUUUAUUAAGAAUAAAGGAUACAGAUAAAUAAACGUAGUUUAAAGUCGAUUUGUGCAUAUGUCUUAUCGAUCACAAGCGCCAUGAAUUAAGCUUUUUUCUGAAUUGCAUCAUUCGUCCUGCGCUAAUCGGCUUGAAAACAAUGCAGUUCGGAUUUGAGAUUACAUGCCUACGGCUAAGAGGAAAGAGAGGUUGAUAGACAAACGGAACAAACUACAAUAACACUGAUGGAAAUUUGACCUCUUAAUUAAGUAGAAGUCCGCAGCAAGAGCAACGGGGGCGCGGCACGGCGAAAUAAAUAACUAUUUUGGGUUUUGUUCUCAUGCAGUAUGAGCUCAAUACGUGAUCAUCCACCGUGACAUUUGGCAACAGAUUAAGAUAGCUUCAGAUAUUUUUCCUGUCGUCGUGUUACAACCUUCGUGCGCCAGCCAAAAAGAAUAUGGCGAAUUUAUCUGAUCCAAACAAUGACUUUUAUCUCAUGAUCAUUCAAGACAAGGAAUACUGGUUGAGCUUAGCUGUGGUUGGAUUUAUUUUAGCAAUUGUUAUCAUCGUAGGAAACUCUAUUCUUUUGUUUACAACUUACAAGAAUCCGCGACGCUCCCUACGUACACCGCCAUCUUAUUUGAUCACGAAUCUUAGCGUGUCAGAUUUACUGCUGGGGCUAAAUGUCCUCGUCGUGGCUGUAAGAGAUGUCUAUCGAUCUCAACUUCAACAGAUGCCGUCUGCGAUGCUUUUUAGAGCAAUAAUAUACACAGUUGUCACGACGACUUUGUUCGUGAGCUCUUACUCGAUCAUAGCCAUGUCACUAACUUGCGACAUAGCAAUCAGCAAACCGAUGGAAUACAAAUCCAUCAUUACCAAGCGAAGAACCAAGAUUUUUGUAGCUGUGUUGUGGCUGAUAUCGUUAACAACGUGCAUUCUUCCUGUGACAAAUGUUUCGGAGGAAACGUAUACCUUAAUUUAUCUUCACACUCACGCUACUCUGCCGGCCAUUUUAUUGACGGUCAUCUAUGUUCAUGUAUUUCGCGCGCUUGGUAAAAGAACUCGCGAACUGCAAAAGGAAGGCUACAAUUCGAUAGCUGCAAACUCACUGGAAAGGAAGCGUAAUAUGGCUGUCACAAUCAUCGUCAUUCUCGUGUUGUUUUUCAUCACGUACAUGCCUCAGUAUAUCACUUUACACUUACUGUACUUCUGCGAAUCAUGCCGAGACUCCAAAACUUUUCAUAUGAUUGACGUGGUAUUGUCUCGCUUUUUGUAUAUAAAUUCUGCUUUAAAUCCCUUUGUUUACGCCUGGAGGGUUCCUAAAUAUCGCAGGGCAUUUAGCGAUUGCUGGCAGAUGUGCAUUGGUAGGCAUAUUUUUGAUGGAUCGAGCUCGUACAUAUCUUCGUUUCGCUCUACCAGAAGACAAACUGAGAAAAUUGGCGUUAGCCCUGAAAUUGGACGGGAUAAGCCCAGAGGUGUAAGUGACCCAUCUGAAAUGACCAGUCAGUUUUAG